AUGCUCGCGCCUAUAUUCAAGCGAAUCAACAGAGAGGGCCAGAGAGAGAGCGAGGUUCGCGACCUGUGGCUUCCGCGAAGCGAGCGAAUUCUGGAUACCAUAGUGGCGACGGGUUCGUCAAUCGUGUGCUUGCAGGAGUGCUGGCUGUCGCAUCCCGAGUGGGUUCGCCUGUUUGACUCCUCGCUGGGUGCUGCUGGUUACCGCACGCUCAAACUGCCCAGAACCAACAACCGGGGAGAUGGUCUCAUGAUAGCAGUGAAACAGGACCAGUGGCACGUGGUGGACUACCAGCAGCUGCUCUUCCACGACUGUGGGGACCGCGUAGCUCAGAUCGUACGGCUGAGAUCGAAAGGGCGCCUGGGGGGCAGGGCAAGGCGGGAAGGGAGUGAGGGAGCGGAGGGGGAGGAGGAGGAUGUGUUGGUGGUGAACACGCAUCUGCUGUUCCCGCAUGACGCCAACUCCAACAUCAUCCGCCUCUGUCAGGUGUACAAGCUGUUGGAGCGGGUGGAGCAGUGUCGGACAGAGCAGGCUGGCAGACCCGCCCCUGUCAUCCUGUGCGGUGAUCUCAACGGCACCAAGGAGGGCAACGUGUACAAGCUGCUGCGCUCACAGGGCUUCCUUUCCUCCUAUGACACAGCGCACCACCUCAAUGACGUGGAUGAAACGUGGGUGAGCCAUCGCAGCCACAGAGGGGACGUGUGCGGGGUGGACUAUGUGUGGAUGCUCAACGCUCGCACGCCCAUGAGCAAUCCCAUCUUGAACUGGCGCAAGGCCGUGUUCGGGCUGAUCAAGUCUAAGCUGCUAGCAGCAGGCAUUACGGACGCACGUCACGCGUUCCAGUUCUUUGCGACAGCAGGCGACACGUCCCCGUUUGAACACACCGUGUGUUUCACCUCGGACCCGAACGCCACCGACGCUGCUGACGUCAGCAUGGAUUUCGGGCAACAGCAGAAUGAUGACCCAGCGACCGAGGAGGAGGAGGUGGUGGAGGAGGAGGAAGAGGAGGAGGAUGAGGAGGCGUGGAGGUAUUACGACAGUGAUGAGGAGGGGAUGGAGAGGCAGGAGUGCUGCAUCACUGCUUUCACCAUUGAAGACUUUCAACUGGCCGUGGCUCAGCUUGGUUUGACGGGAGACAAUUCAAUAGGGCUGACAGAGGUGGAGGUGGCAGAGCUGAUGCAAGAUGCAGCUAAGGAGAUGGCUGGGGCAGCAGGUGCACGGGUGUUGUCUGGUGUUCAGGCAGGUGACACACAAGGAGCUGAUGGCGUGGAGGAGUGUGAAAUUGAGGGGAGCAAUGGAGGGCUGAGUCUGGCUGUGUUGAAGGCAUCGCUGUUCCCACCUGAGAUGGAGGAAGGGAGGUGGCCGGAGGAUUAUACCCUGUCAGAUCAUGCGGUGCUCACUGUGAUGUUUGGGAGGGAGAGAGUGGAUGAAGUGAGCAAGUGA